AUGUCUGCUUCCGCCGUCCAAUUUCUCAUAUUCUCCGUUUUUCUCUUUCUAUCUCUGUCCUUUGCUCAGACGUCAUUCCGGCCUGAUGCACUGGUGGUUCCGGUUAGAAAAGACUCCGCCACCAACCAAUAUGUCACUCGCAUCAACCAGAGGACUCCGUUAGUGGCGGAAAACCUGGUGGUCGAUCUCGGCGGGCGGUUUUUAUGGGUGGACUGUGAUAAUAACUAUGUCUCCUCCACCUACCAGCCGGCUAGGUGUAGGACAGCCACCGGUGGUGAGCUGGCCACAGACAUAGUUCAGGUCCGGUCAACUGACGGGUCGAAUCCUGGUCGACCCGUUAAUGUUUCUCGGUUUUUGUUUUCUUGUGCACCAACUUUCUUGCUACAAGGACUUGCUAAUGGUGUAUCUGGAAUGGCCGGUCUGGGUCGGACUCGGAUUGGGCUUCCGACUCAGCUAGCUGCAGCUUUCAGCUUUGACCGAAAGUUCGCCACUUGUUUGUCAUCAUCGACUUCCUCGGACGGUGUUAUUUUCUUCGGUGAUGGACCAUACAGAUUCCUUCCAAAUAUCGAUGCUUCACAAUCACUUACGAGCACCCGACUUUUUAUCAAUCCAGUGAGCACGGCUUCAUCGUCUACUCAAGGCGAGCCUUCAGCUGAAUACUUUAUAGGAGUGACUUCGAUUAGAAUCGACAAUAAAUCCAUACCGUUGAACACUUCAUUGUUGUCAAUCGACAAUGAAGGCAACGGCGGGACCAAGAUCAGCACUGUGAAUCCUUACACAGUGCUCGAGGCCUCAAUCUAUAAUGCUCUAACUACAGCCUACGUCAGAGAGGCUGCAGCUAGAAACAUCAUCAGGGUCACAUCCGUAGCACCAUUCGACGUGUGUUUCAGCACGACGAACGUGCUAAGCACUCGUGUGGGACCUGCAGUCCCAUCCAUUGAGUUAGUCCUCGAGAAUGAGAAUGUUGUUUGGAUGAUCUCGGGAUCAAACUCUAUGGUGCAAGUUAAUAAUAACGUAUUAUGUCUUGGAAUCGUGAAUGGCGGAUCAAACCCGAGGACUUCGGUUGUGAUAGGAGGGUUACAACUGGAAAACAAUCUUCUUCAAUUCGAUCUUGCUACUUCAAACCUAAGGUUCAGCUCGACUCUCUUGGGCAGGCAAACUACUUGUGCCAACUUCAACUUUACGUCUAGUGCUUAA